CCAGCAAGCUUGGAGAAGAAGUCCACAGGGAAAAUCAAUGGUGUCUCAGCAGGGCUACUGUCCUUACUAUGGCUCAUGAAGUCCUGUGUCCUUGAGUCAUCUCAUGGCUGGGGUAUUUGUGCCAUUCAGCGCUUUGAUUACCGUCCCAAAACUGAUCCUUACUGCCAAGCUCGUUACACCUUCUGUCCUACUGGCUCUGCCAUUCCAGUUAUGAAAGAAGAAGAUGUCAUUGAAGUGUAUCGAUUACAGGCUCCAGUAUGGGAAUUCAAAUAUGGGGACCUACUAGGACAUUUGAAAAUUAUGCAUGAUGCUGUGGGUUUUAAGAGCUCUCUAACAGGCAAAAACUACACAAUGGAGUGGUAUGAGCUCUUCCAGCUUGGGAACUGCACAUUUCCACAUCUCCGGCCUGGCAUGGAUGCACCAUUCUGGUGUAACCAGGGAGCUGCCUGCUUUUAUGAAGGAAUAGAUGAUGCACACUGGAAGGAAAAUGGAACUUUAGUUCUCGUGACCACAAUAUCAGGAACCAUGUUUAAUGAAAUGGCAAAAUGGGUAAAAUAUGACAACGAGACUGGCAUUUACUAUGAGACCUGGACAGUUCAAGCAAGUCCCGACAAACCAUCAGUAGUAUGGUUUGACUCUUACGAAUGCUCUAAAUUUAUACUGAGAACAUACCAGAAGCUAGCUGACUUAGGAGCUGUAUUUAAGAAGAUACAAACAAAUUAUACAAGCAUAAUUUUAUUCAGUGGAGAACCUGUUUAUUUGGGAAAUGAAACGUCUAUUUUUGGACCGCUAGGAAACAAGACAUUGGCAGCAGCUAUAAGAGACUUCUACUAUCCAUUCAAACCUCAUCGGACAGUAAGAGAGUUUUUUGUGGAUCUUUUAAAAAUAAUUGAUCGUGUCAUCUUGAAUCAUCAAUUUUACCUCUUCUACAACUUGGAAUAUUGGUUUUUACCUAUGAAGUUCCCUUAUCUCAAAAUAAUUUAUGAAGAGGUCCCUUUGCCUAUUGGAAGCAAAAUGUCCUUUGGUGUAUAAUUGCUUACUGAAGAACUGAACUUGCCCUUAUGUCAGAAUAUCUGUAAGGAUUUUGGAGCACUACUGUGAUGGUAUUGAAGUUUUGUACAUUUCACUGCUAAUGGUAAAAUUGGUGUUGGGGAGCCUUUGCUGGACCAUGUGAAAGACUCUGCCUUUU